UGGAGAAUUGAUCACGCUUUCUUUACGCCUGGGGGACCAGAUCUUAGAAGCACAGAGCUGUCCUCCUGGAUGAGGGCUGAAAAGGAAGCUGGGAGGGAAUUAAUUGGGUGAGUUCCUUCAUCCUGAUGCGCACCGGGCUUACGUCAGAGGGAGAUGCGGUUUAAAGUCCAAAGAGCGCACCGCAGGAGGACGCAUGCUUAGAUCAAAGCUGGAGCUGACUGAUGGUUGUAAGAGAGCAAGCAGGGUGUAGAAAGUGAGUAAAGCGGAGAAGUUCCUUCCAGACGCGCUUUUGGAUGACAGCGGUGCGUAAAUGACUGCGCGCCACGGUUUGGAUCAGAGGGUUAGACGAUUUUAUGAUCUAAACAAAGUGAUUACUGCGACGGAAAUAAAAGUUUCUCUGAUUUAGUAUCAGCGGGGAAACAGCCUCUGUGCGGCACGGAUGCUGUUGGAUCUGGCCACGCGUUUUUCUUCCUGCUUUUGCGUUUUUUUCAUACUUUGAAACAUGGCUUACUCACAGCUGGGAUAUUCCUACUCCACCACACCACAGUUUCUGAUGACCUCUAGUUCUCCUGCAUCUCACCCAGUGCUUCGCUCGCCAGGACAUCAGCUUCCUUCUGGAAGCAGCAUCGGGGUUUACGGCAGCGCUUAUCCAAAGACACACAGCUACUACAACACAUGCGCCAGCGAUGCCUCAUCUCUCUAUUCCAGGGGGCCACUAGAUCCCAAAGAAGCUGCACCCGUGCAUUUGGGGACAUCUCAGACCUCUGCCUAUUAUCCUUAUGAAUAUACAUUUGGGCAAUAUCCUUAUGACAGAUAUGGGUAUUCCUGCUCUGACAGCUCCUCCCGUCGUAAAAAUGCCACCAGGGAGACCACCAGCACGCUGAAGGCCUGGCUGCAGGAGCACCAGAAGAACCCCUACCCCACCAAGGGGGAGAAGAUCAUGCUUGCUAUCAUCACAAGGAUGACUCUCACACAGGUCUCUACUUGGUUUGCCAAUGCCCGCAGGAGACUGAAAAAAGAAAACAAAGUGACAUGGUCACCCAGAGCUUGUAAAAGUUCUGAUGAAAGAGGUUGUGAUGAAGACAGCAGGGAAGCCGAGAAGCCGCUUAGAAGUAGCACACACAUUCAUGAUCAAAGAUGUGCUGAACUGCAGAGUGACCCUGAGGACUUCGACAUGGUGGAGUCAGACGCGUCUGAUAGCGACCCUAAGUCACAUGCUCAACCAGAGGAGGAUGAAGCAAACCCAAACACAAAUCCACCACAUGGGCAGAGGUCAUCAUCAGAUUGCCCCAAACUAACAACAGUCAACCCUCAAAACAGCUCUUUCUUCAUGAAUCCAGAUAUUCGAAGUCCUGACCCCAAGCCAAAAAUCUGGUCUAUCGCACACACAGCCGUUCCACCAGAAGCCAGUUCCCAGCCAGAAUACCCUCCGUGCAUGCUUUCAUCAACACGGUCCUCUUCUCCUGUGUACCCAACAAACAUGGCGCUCACCAGCAUGGACCGGCAACAAGAGUCACCAGUGGCCACACUGAGAGAGUGGGUGGAUGGGGUAUUCCAUGGUCCUCCAUUCCAGCAGCCCAAACCAACUGAGCUGUGGAAAGGCCUCAACGAAUCCAUGAUAGACAGUGAAACAUCUGGGCAACCCUUCGAACUCAUGCGGUCUACAUCAUGUUUGUAGUCUAUGAACAUAGUAGCACUUGGACCUAUGGACUAAAAACAAAAGUCUACAUUUUGUGUUUGCGAUCAGACAGAAUGACUGUACCUCAAACUCUGAUUUUCCAAUCCAGGCUUGUUUCAAUGCAAGACACUUUAUAAGAGUUUUAAUUUUCCAUACUGUAAGGCAUAAUGGGCUAAAUGGUAAAGGAGUCUUUAAAGGAAAAAAAUAUGUAGUACCUUUCAUGUGGCAGUGAUGCAACCUCCUUCAAUCUCUGUGUUGUCUGCAUCGUCCUUUGUUAUUGCCUAAUCCCAAAUGUAUUGACCCUGAUACUCCCCUAUACUGUAAUUUCUACCUAGAAAGAAAUUCUGAGCCUUUCUUAAAGAAAACUGCUACAUUUUCAGAAAUCAUU